GAAGAGAAGCUCGACACUCUGUUUCGCCGGCCAUUACCCCUGGCGCGGCGUUGAUCGGGCGGGCUCGUUUCUCUUUCGCCGGGCGACGGGAGAUUGGCGAGGCGUCCCUUCUUUCUCCUCUCCUCACCCGGGCGCGCGCCGCCUCGUUGGCCUUUGGCGCUUCGCGGGCAGCAGAACCGCCUCUCCCUCGCGGCGCGCGCCUGUGAGCUGCCCUAAAGGAUGUGAUUUCAGGAUGGAGGCAUUGCUAGAAAGAAUACAGGGCAGAAGUUUCCAGACUUCAUGUGAAGCAGAACUACAGGAGCUGAUGAAGCAGAUAGACAUAAUGGUGGCUCAUAAGAAAGCUGAAUGGGAAACUCAAACCCGGGCACUAGAAUCCUGCUUGGAUGUGCGAGAGCAGGAACUGUCCUCUCUCAGGAAUGCAUUGGAUGAGAAAUGUAAAGAGAUUGAAAGGCUGUGUCAGCGACUAGAAGGGAUGGAACAACUGAAUCGUGAUAUGACUAUGGAAUAUGAACAGCAGUUACGAAAAGUCCAGGAAGAGCUAGCUAGGCUGAAGAGAAGCUAUGAGAAACUGCUGAAGAAACAACUGAAAGAAGCAAGGAAAUUACCCUCCAGGAGCCAAGAGGAGGACCAAUCUGAAGUAAGCAUCCUGACUAAGAAGUUAGAGGAGUUCCGCCAGAAAUCUCUAGACUGGGAGAAGCAGCGCUUGCACUACCAGCAGCACGUGGCAUCACUGGAAGCACAGCGGAAGGCUUUUUCUGAGCAGUCUGAUCUCAUUCAGGCUCAACUGUCCAGCCGGAAGCAAAUGUUUGAGUCUGUGGAGCUGGCGAGCCAAUCUGAAAUCCAUCACUUAACUAGCAAGUUGGAAAGGGCCAAUGACACUAUCUGUGCCAAUGAACUGGAAGUGGAAAGGCUGAAUAUGAAAGUGGAUGAUUUAACUUCUAGCAAUCAGAAAAUUUUGGAGGAACAUCAAAGAGUACUAGAUGAGCUGAAAGUUUCCCGGAACUCACUGGAGGUUCUACAUGAAGAAAAGAUGGAACUUAGGGCCACUCUGCUCUCUCAGGAGGACUUCAUUAACAACUUACAGAUGCAUAAAGAACAAUUACAGAAGGAAGUGUCCAAGCUAACUGAAACCUUGCAAAACAAAGAAGCUUUUGUCAGGUCACUGGAGGAGUGCCUGCAGAGCAGUGAAGGAACCAAUGGAAUCUAUCGUAGCAGAACAGAGUUGGACAACAUACACUUGCAGCUGGAUCAUCCUGAAAUUAUUCAUCUUGAGGGCAGCCUGGGUUCUGCAAAAGCAAACCAUGCCCUGCCGAGUGAAUUGCUAACUGAGAAAUGCCAGGAGCUUCAGCUGACAGAAGAGCACCUCUGCCAGGCCAAGGCUGAGAUAAAAAAGCUGAAGGAGCAGCUAUUGCACAAAGAACAUAGUCACAACAGUGAGUUAGAAGGAAUGAAGCAGGAGGUUGCUCAGCUAACACGGGAGCUUCACCAGCGCGACAUCACAAUUGCCUCAUCAAAUAGUUGUACUUUAAACUUGGAGCAGCAACUGAAAAUGGAGAUCGAAAAAGCAGAACGGAAGGCAGUGGAGCACAGGGCUGUUUUGUCGCAGUUGGAAUCUCUUAAGCAAGACAAUCACCAGCUCUCAGAAAUUCUUCAGAAGGGAAAAAGUGCCCCCCUGGCAGAAUUCCAGGAAAGUUAUACCAAAGCCCUAAAUAAGGUGGAGUCUGAAAACCAACGAUUAUUGAAAGAACUAGCAGAAACUAAAGCCAGCCUGGAAGCCUCGUCCCGCAGGUCUCAGGGCAGAUAUGAGAAUAUCAUGCAGCAGAUGCAGCAGCAGAUGAGUGAGAUAAAGAAUGUGGAAAGCAGGAGACUGCAAGAGCUGCAGUGUAAGCAUGAAGAAGAAAUGAGAAUACUUCAGGAUAAAUAUGACAAGACUGUUCAGCACUAUGAAGAAGAAAUUCAAAAGGUGCAGCAUUUGUCAACCAGAAGAGUUUUUAGUACAGCUGAUGGACUGUCACCCCAGAUUAGCAGGAGCAACUCUGUUGAAUCCUUGUCCUGUGAUCCCCUUCUGAGAUCAGAUUCCUUGCCACAUGGAAACAGUGAAUUUACUUAUAUGUUAGGCAAGAAUGAGAAAGAACUUCUAUCUUUGAGCCCGUUGCCUACAACAAACAUUGGUGCGAUUGCUGUCAAGUUCUUGGAGGAGGAAGAAGAAAGAUCUCAACAUAUCUUAGAACGCUUAGAUGCACAUAUUGAGGAGUUGAAAAAGGAGAGUGAAAUGACAGUACAGCAGUUCAAACACCAAAAGUGACAUUGCUUCAAGACCCAAGGAUUGGAAAGCUGGCUUAAUAUAAGAUGCAUCAAGAAGGGGACCAAGGGAGCCUUCAGCAGUUAGAAAGGGGCUUCUCUUCUUUUUCCUGGUUUUAGUGGUGGUGAAACCAAGGAAAUGAAGUUUGUCUGGAGAAAAGCAUUUUGUCUGGGGGCAGUAAUUGCACUACUUUCUAGAUGGCUUAUUUAGUCCUGCUGUGCAAGAGUGUGCAGUGACUUUCAGGAGGGAAUGAUGUAGUGCUUUUUUUUGUAGAAGAAAAUAAAUCUAUUUUAUAUGUAUAUAUCCAUGUGAAUAAAUAAAAUGACAGCUAACCCAUCUUCUUCUUAUAUCGUUACAACCCAUGUUGCUGAACAUUUUGGGAAUUAGGUUACUUUUUGCUUCCAAUUUUGCUUGAUGUUUAUUCCAUGAAAUAUAUUAUUCAAACAGUUUGAGAAACUAAGAAAAGGAGUUGCGAUUUUGCUUCCUUUUUAGUUUUCCUGUAGAGUUGGAGUUUCCUGUACUUUGUGUUGCUAUCACUUGCAUUCCAGACACUACAUAAUGAUGUGGUAGUGGUUCCAUUGGGGGUCUGUUUUAUUACUAUUUUUCUUUCAUAGUUGAAGAUGAAAUGCAGUGAAAUAGAUACUCCAUGAAAAGAGAGGGUGUUUUGGUGGAAGAUAAGUUGGUACAGAAGGUGAAGUUCAAUGUAAGUAAUAAACACCUAUACAUGAAAUCCAUUUUACUUAAACAACAGCUGCCUUAUGAAGUACUAAGCAGCUGCUCACAGCCAUAAGAGCAAAUUUAGAAGGCUGGUCAAUCUGCCAGACAGCUAUUAAAAAGUUGUUUUAGCUUAAACAAGAAAUGUGUAUCUUUAAAAAUGUGUCCUUGAGCAGAAACCAAGAUCCCAAGCAUUAGGCUUCCAUUCCCACCCCAAUUAAUCCUUUCUGCCUUAUUGGCCCUUGGUAAUCCAAUCUGAAUUACAAAAAUGAAUUACUAGAUUUAAAAUAUUUUCAGUGAAAUAUGAAAAUGGUGGAGAUAUUCAGCCUUGACCCCUGAAUCCUUAGAGAAUAAUCCAUGUGUUCAUUUAAAUUCUAAAUCUCUUACUUUUCCUUUUCAAAGGCUUCUGUUCAUCUGUUCAAGGUAGUCUAUACCUUUCAUUUAUUGUUUCUUCUAUAUGUCAGAGAAGCCCCUUUAUAUGACCAAUGCCUCCCCUUUUCAAUAACAUAUAUUUUUAGAGGUUUUAACUUGAA